GCUGAAGUCAGUAACCAAGAAGCGCUUCACUCGUCUGUUGGAGCAAGGACAAGCAAACAAAACUUUCAUUAACAGAAGACUGACCAAAGGCUGACACCUCAAGUUCCAAAUUUACAACACUGUCCCUGUUGGUACCUGGCUGGCAACACACAGCCACCCUAAUGCAGACCUAUAAAAGAACGUGAAAUGAACAAACCACCACAACCUAUAACGGGACCCACCUCUGUCCCAAACCCUUCCCCAUCCCCAGGACUAACACAGGCUGCGUACGGCCCCGUACAGCCACCUUCUCUUGUUUUUGCCACCCCUCCGCCUCCACAAAUGAAUUCUGCACAGCAGCCGAGACAGUUUGCUACAGGGCCUCGUACUUUACACCAACAGGGUGGAUACAGAGCAUUGCAGAGUUACUAUCAGAAUCGAGCCACUAUGGCCACCAAUGCUCCUAGGGUGCAGGCUAGCAGUGGCCCUCGAUCUGUUGCACCUACCCAUGUCUACUCUGCCAGCUCCCAGAUGAUGAUGAUCCCCCAGCAGCAGCUGCCUUUCGCUAGCCCUCCUCAGGGCUAUUUUAUCUCAUCUGGACAGUACCGUACUCCAUACAUGCCUCCUACCCAGCAGUACCCUGUGACCAGCAGCACAGGUUUCUAUCCUGGGACUAGCCCUGCAGAAUACCCUACUUAUGCAGGAGCAUACUAUCCAGCUCAGCCGCAGUACUCUCCAUCAGUGCAGGCAACACAGGUGAUGAUUAGCCCACAGCAACAAGCUCCGCCUCCCCAGCAAGCACCCACACAGCCACAAGGCCCACUAAAGAGAGAACGCAAACAGAUCACAAUACGAGACCCCAACCAAGGUGGACGCGAUAUUACAAAGGAGAUCAUGUCAGGUGGAAGAUCUACCACAGCAGCAACUCCCCCACAGGCCUCUGUUGUAGAAUUGAGUAGUGCCCAGACCAAUGGUGAAGUUGUACAGCCUGUUGCUGCAGCGAUAAGAAGAGAUGAACAUGUUGAGCCUUCUGCUCCCACUGAAACCCCUCCACCUGCUGCUCCAGCAAACACAGAGCCUGUGGUGGAGGCCGAACAGGAAGCUGAUUCAACUCCAUCUGUUGAAUUAGCUACUCAGUCUGUGGCCACUACAGCUGCUACUGAGAGACUUUCCCCGUCGAUAAAGGAGCGUCAGUCUCCGCCUCCACUCCCUUCAGCAGCAGCAGCAGGUACCAGUAGUGUUGCUGAGGCUGUAAAUAAACUCGGCACUAAUGCUGGCGAUACAGUCGACGCUCCGGUCAGUCCUCCUGCAUCGUUGGUAGCACAAGAGACGCCUGUGGAGACGGAGGAGCCACAGGCUGCUCCAUUUGAAAAGGAACCUGAACACGAAGAAGUGAAACCAGAAGGUGUUAAGAAACUGGAAAAAGAGGGACAGACGCCUGGCGCCAAGUUGGAACCUCCUGCUGAAGUUGCAGCUACUGCUGUGGAGACUGUGAAAGAGGAUACUGCUGCAAAACCAUCAAGUGAUGUCUCCCUGCCCCUUACUGUACCCGAACCUGCUGCUCCACAGACCAAGGUCAUGGACCAGAGCUCUGAACCAGAACCCGCACCAGUUAAUUUAGCAGAGCCUCCUCUCUCCAAUGGCCUUCCUCAGGAGACUGAAGAACUGUCUGAAGACGUACCAGUGUCUGACACUACACCCCAAGACAAACCCGACCCCUCUCAAUCUCAGGAAUCUACACCUGUGGCUAAAACAGAAACACCAGCACCGAAAGAAGAGGACGAGACGAGGGAAGAAGAGCGGCCACCGCUGAAGAAGAAAACUGAAUUUGCUCCUUUGCCCUCUGCCAGCUGCCCAGAUGAAACUACUAUGCAAGCUGCUACGACUGUGCCAAAGAAGAAGAAGAGCAUGAAAGAGCUCAACAAAAAAGCCAUUGGGGACCUCCUGGAUGCCUUCAAAGAGGAGCCGGAUGCCAAGUCUGUUCCUGAACCAUCAACGGGUCAGGUCAGCCCUCCAGCUCCAGCUCCAGCUGAACCUCCUGCUGAAGCAGUAGAUGAGACCUGGGAAGAAAAAGAGGACAAGCAGAAUGCAGAUGCGGGCAAACUCAAAUCCAAACCUGAGCCAACUGAGCAGAAAUACCAGUACAAGGAAGACCAAUUAGGGCCAAUAGACCCGGAAGCAAAGAAGCAGUAUGACCGAGAGUUCCUGCUGGGCUUCCAGUUUAUCAGCGCCAGUCUGCACAAACCUGAGGGUCUGCCUGUCAUCAGCGAUGUGGUCCUAGACGAGGUAAACAAGACUCCGCUCCGUCCUGUUGAUCCAGGCCGAUUGAUGAGUGCUGGUUCCGAUUUUACACCUACGUUUUUGGGGGGUCUUGGGGGCAAAUCAGUAGGACAACGGCCGCAGCCCUCUGGGUCACAUCGUUCCCAGCAGAGCUUGCGAAAAGAACCCAAGAAAAUCAUCAUAAUCAACAGCAGGUCACUCACCGAUAACGUGCAGCUCAACAAGGCUGAGAACGCCUGGAAGCCCUCUACCAUAAAGCCAGAAGACAUCAACCCUGAAGAGCCUGACACUGAGCAGGCAAGGACUUAUGAGGUGUUCAAGCGUCUGCGCAGCAUCCUGAACAAGCUCACCCCGCAGAAGUUUCAGGAGCUGAUGAAGCAGGUGAUGGAACUGAAAAUAGACACAGAAGAGAGGCUGAAGGGAACCAUCGAUCUCAUCUUCGAGAAGGCCAUCUCAGAGCCCAACUUCUCUGUAGCUUACGCCAACAUGUGCCGCUGCCUUAUAGGGUUGAAAGUCCCCAUCCCAGAUAAACCUGGAAACUUUGUGAACUUCCGCAAACUUCUGCUCAACCGCUGCCAGAAAGAGUUUGAAAAGGACCAGGACGAUGAUGUGAUUUUUGAGAAAAAGCAGAAAGAGAUGGAAGCUUCCAAAAAUGAUGAGGAGCGUGAGAGUUUGAGAGUGGAGCUCGAAGAGGCCAGAGACAAAGCUCGAAGGCGCUCGCUGGGUAACAUAAAGUUCAUCGGCGAGCUCUUCAAGCUGAAAAUGCUGACGGAGGCCAUUAUGCACGACUGUGUAGUCAAACUGCUGAAGAACCAUGACGAAGAAUCUCUUGAGUGCCUCUGCAGGCUUCUUUCCACUAUUGGCAAAGACCUUGACUUCGAGAAGGCCAAGCCUCGCAUGGAUCAGUAUUUCAACCAGAUGGACAAGAUCAUCAAGGAGAAGAAGACAUCAUCCAGAAUCCGCUUCAUGCUGCAAGAUGUUUUGGACCUCAGAAAGAAUAACUGGGUCCCUCGUAGAGGAGAACAGGGUCCUAAAACAAUCGACCAGAUCCACAAAGAGGCAGAGAUGGAAGAGCACAGGGAACAGAUCAAAGUCCAGCAGCAGCUCCUGUCAAAGAAGGAAAGCCGCGGCCCGCACACACCAGCAAGAGGCCGGGCUGCCCAGCCUCAAGAUGAGGGCUGGAACACGGUGCCCAUCUCGAAGAAUCGACCCAUCGACAUCACCCGCCUUAGCAAGAUCACAAAGCCUGGGGCCCUGGACUUCAACAAUCAGCGGCUGGCUCCGGAUGGAAAAGGCAUGUGGGGCAGUUGGGGAAAAGGCAGCAGUGGAGGAAGUGGAGCCAAACCAGCAAGUGGAGAUCAAGACUCCGGACGUCCAGCCACCAGCACUCUGAACCGAUUCUCAGCACUGCAGCAGUCCGGUACGACGUCAUCCUCAACAGACACUGAUCGCCGAGUUCCUCAGAGGUCGAGCGCCAGUCGGGAACGCGGUGGUGACAGAGACCGCAAUGACCACGACAGGGAUCGCUUUGACAGAUUUGCUCGCAGCGACAGACAGGACGGGAACCAAUUUUCCAAGAGAAGUUUCAGCAGAGAAUCACAGGAGCGUGGUGGAAGGGGUGGAGACAGCCGGGUCUCAACAGAACCAGUGCGCCGCGUUGCCAGCAUGACCGACAAUCGGGACAGAGGAAGCAGAGACCGAGGUAGUCGAGACAGAGGAGGUCAUGACAGAGGAAGCAGGGACCGAGGAAGCAGAGAUCAAGGUGGUCGGGACCGAGGAAGCAGAGAUCAAGGUAGUCGGGACAGAGGAAGCAGGGACCAAGGUGGUCGGGACUCUGGUCCAAGCAAAGACCUCCCAGUUAAGAGUGAAAGUGCUCCUGCUUCUUUUCCCAAACCUGCCAUGACUGAAGAGGAGGUGGAGAAAAAGUCCAAUGCCAUUAUUGAAGAGUACCUCCACAUCAACGACAUGAAGGAGGCACUGCAGUGUGUCGUAGAGCUCAAUAGUGCCUCGCUACUCUACGUAUUCGCGCGCACCGGCCUCGAGUCGACCCUUGAACGCAGCACCAUUGCUAGGGAGCGCAUGGGUUUGUUGUUACACCAACUUGUAGAAGCAGGGACAUUGCCCAUAGAGCAGUACUAUAAAGGACUACUAGAGAUCCUGGAAGUGGCAGAGGACAUGGCCAUAGAUAUACCUCACAUCUGGCUCUACCUGGCAGAACUCAUUACUCCCAUGCUCCAUGAUGGGGGCAUCCCUAUAGGACAGCUCUUCAGGGAGAUCUCAAAGCCUCUGAUGCCUCUGGGGAAGGCUGGCCUACUGCUGGCACAGAUUCUCAAGUUGCUCUGCAAAGGAAUGACUCAGGAGAAGGCUGGGGGUUUGUGGAGAGAUGCUGGCCUAAAUUGGAAAGAGUUUUUGGAUGAAGAUGUCAACAAAUUUGUUACAGACCAGAAAGUGGAGUUUACCACAGAAGAAGAGACUGAGUCAAAGGAAGUUGUUAAGAAGAAGGUCGUCAGUGGAGAUGAAAUCAGCAAAGAACUGGACAGACUCCUUCAGGAGAAAGCCAACAACCAGCGCAUCAGAGACUGGGUUGAGGCCAAUCUGGAUGAGCAGCAGUCUUCUUCCAGCCAGUUUCUACGAGCAUUGAUGACAUCAGUGUGCCAGUCUGCCAUAAUAUGUGACAAUCCAUACAAGGUGGAUGAGCAGCAGAUCAAACAGAGAGCUGAUCUGCUGCAGAGAUAUCUCUGCGACGAGGAGAAAGAGCUGCAAGCCCUUUAUGCCCUCCAAGCCCUCAUGGUGCAUAUGGAGCAGCCUGCAAACCUGCUGCUAAUGUUCUUCAACAACCUUUACGAUGAAGAUGUGAUCGAAGAGGAGGUCUUCUUCAAAUGGGAGUCCAGCAAAGAUCCAGCAGAGCAAACAGGCAAAGGUGUAGCCUUGAAAUCUGUCACCGGCUUCUUCACCUUCCUCCGCAACGCCGAAGAGGAGUCCGACAAGGACUGAGGAAAUCAUUUUAAAAUCCUGCUUUUGUCAAGAUGUGGGAUCUGCAGGCGACUGCGAAGAGUAGUAGACAAUAUAUUUAGCCCAGAGUGGCAGACUCGAAUCAAUCCUCAAUGAGGAUAAAUCUUUAUUUUUCUUUUGUUUUUUUGUUAUUUUGUUUUCUUUGAGAGAUGAACUCUGAAAACAAUCAUUUCUCCCUUCCCUCCUCUCCUGCUUUACACAGCAAGUGUCCUCAUGAAAUAAACUUGAAAACGCGUUCAGCAGGACUGCUUGUUAAUGACGUGUGAGAAAUCCACACAUCACUACAAAUGUUUUUUUUUUUUUUUUUAAAGUCACAGUAACACAAACCAACUGGCUGCUUUUUUCAUUGUUCUAGACGAUUAUGCCUAAUACUCUCUGACCUCCGGGAAGGCGACCGCAGGGUGUGUGGUGUGGUGGGUGUCCUGACUCAUGGGCCGCUUGGAAUGAUCUAAUGCACAGCUCCUCUUUCUGUCCUUUACUGGUGUGUGCAGCAUGACUGAAUUGUGCUUCAAUUAAAAAUUCAGUAGACGAAAUGUUUGACAUUAAGGACUUGAACUUAGAUGGAGUUUUUAAUGCAAAGGUUGUCUAUUUUCUCUGUUCCCGGUUCCUAUGAAGAGCUUAAAGAGAACCGAUGUUGACUUGGACUACGGGGGGUGGUCUUAAUGCUUCCUCUAAGCCAUCCUUUCCCAUCCCCGGCAGUAAACCACACUGACUGAUUCUCCAUCUUUAACUCUUCUGUACUUUAACCUGACACUUAAUGACACUUAAUGACCCAAUCACCGUUAGAAACUUGAAAUCUGCAGAAAAAAAAAGUGACUUGAUGAAAUUAAAUAUAUACAGUGGGGCGGGGGGACAAAAACAAACAGAAAUGAUCCGAAAGCCUUUCCUACUUUUAAGUGGAAACUCAUUUCAGGACCUUUCUGUAAAUAUAUAAUGAACUUUUUUUCUGUUUUUAUUUUUCAGAAACUAUGAAUUUCUGAUGAAAUUGCAGUGUCUCAUUUUCCAGCAGAAACCACAGUUGUCCAGAUGCAGAGAGGUGCUCUAGAUAAUUCAAUAAUUAGGUUUAUUUGAAUUUUGUAAAUACUUUUUUUUCUCUUUUUUUUUUGCUUUCUUUAUUUAAGAAAUGAUUGCUUCUUUUGCAUCGGAAACUGGAAAGAUGAGGUGACAGAUGCAUUACAAUAAAUGACUUAUUAAGUUGC